AUGAUUCAAUUACAUGUAUGGGGUAAAGACAAUGACGUGUCUGUCAUAUCACCAGCAUCUAUUGCAGCAACCUGGUUGUUAAAUUUGACGUUGACUUCACAAGGUGUACCAUUUGAGGUUGUCACUUCCAAUAACACAAAUCUAUCUAGUAUCAAUGAGUUGCCAGUGUUGAUAGUUAGCGAAACUGAAAAGUACAGUGGGUACAAUGAAAUAGUUAGUUAUGUUGAAGAGAAUUUCAAAUCAGAGGAAUAUCUUGGAUCCAAAUCAAUGGAUUCACGACAAAAAUUACUUAACAGAACUUUACAAAACAUGUUGACUUCUAAAAUUCAAUAUAUCAAUCAAUAUAAUCUUUAUUCGAAUACUAAAAACUAUGAAAAAUUUACAAGAAAGCUUUUUGCAUCAUAUUUUCCAUUUCCAAUGAUGUAUAAUCAACCAUCAAAAUAUCACAAUCAAGCACAAGAACAAAUUAAAUUAUUGGGUUUAUCUAAAAAUCAAGUCAGUUUCUUUAAUUUCAUUAGUGGUAGUAAUGAAGAUCUGGAAGUGGCUCAAACGGAAAUAUUUAAUGAUGAAAUUAGUGACGACGAUGAAGAAGACGAUGAAGUUGCUAUUAGUUCCUUGCAUGAAAAGCAAUUACUAAAGAAAUCAAAAACCAAACAAGUUUUGAAAGAAUCAAAGAAUUCCAUGAGAUGUUUGAUAUUAAUCAAUCAUUAUAUCAAUGAGGUGGUUAAAGUAUACGAGAAAAAUGGUGGUGAUAAAGAUGACAACAAACUUGGGUUUAUUUUUGGUAAUUCUCCCAGUUCUAGCGAACUUUUAUUCUACGCUUAUAUUCAAUGUUUAACAAGUGAUAAGUUACCAGAUCGUUUCAUUUAUAAUUAUCUAUUAUUAAAGCAACCAGAAGUUUUAAAGUUUAUUAAUGAAACAACUGAAAAUUAUUCUAGUGAUGUGAAGUUCAGAGAUCCUACUGGAAUAGAAGUUCCAAGUUUAUUUAAUGAAAUUGGAUAUUUGAUAGGUUCAAUCAAAUAUUGA